CCGUCCAACAGUUUGGAUACACGAUCCCAGAAUCCUCUGCGGCACCGAAACACAGCAGAGGAAAGCGAAGAAGAGCGAGAGGGUAAAUCGGCGGUCAUGGCGUCUGCCUUCCUCACUCAUCGGCAGAAAGUUCUGCGGCUCUACAAGAGAUCCCUGAGACACGUUGAGUCGUGGGCCGUCCACAGGGACAAGUAUCGGUACUUUGCCUGCAUGCUGCGCGCUCGCUUUGAGGAGAACAAGAAUGAGAAGGACAUGUUGAAGGCCACCCAGCUGCUGAAGGCAGGAGAGGAGGAGUUUUGGGACAAGCAGCAUCCUCAGCCCUACAUCUUCCCCGACUCUCCUGGAGGAACCUCCUACGAGAGAUACGAGUGCUACAAGUUACCAGAGUGGGUUCUGGAUUACUGGCAUCCCUCAGAAAAGGCCCAGUACCCAGACUACUUUGCUAAAAGAGAGCAGUGGAAGAAACUGAGGCUCCAGACCUGGAGCCGAGAGGUGAGACACACACAAGAGAUGACUCCAGCAGGGGGCCCCAGGACCGAGGCCCUUCCUCCUGCUCGUAAGGAGGGUGAUCUGCCCCCCAUGUGGUGGCAGUUUGUCACCCGCCCGAAACAGUGCCCCUAAGAAACACGAAGCCAUGAAUAGCCAGGCUACCACAUGGCCACGCCCACUCUGUGAUGUCAUCAGGAGUGACAGAACCUGUACAUGAAUCAUUCUGUAAUUAACAAGUAUUUAAUAAAUAUGAAAAAACUGUU